UUUUGUAUAUAAAUGGAACAUGAGCCUAGGUUAUGUUGUAGGUUUUUCUCUGAACUAGGGAAGGAUGAAGCUUUUAAUAUUGGCUGCACUUUUUGGACUGAGCCUUGCUCAGUUUAACGCAAACACCAGAGAUGGAAGAACUGCCAUCGUCCACCUGUUUGAGUGGCGCUGGGCUGAUAUCGCAGCAGAGUGUGAGCGCUACCUUGGACCAAAUGGCUUUGGUGGAGUUCAGAUCUCCCCUCCAAGUGAGAGCAUUGUUGUCACAAACCCCUGGCACCCUUGGUGGCAGAGAUAUCAGCCAAUCGGUUACAAUCUGUGUUCCAGAUCAGGAAAUGAAAAUGAGCUGAGAGACAUGAUCACUAGGUGCAACAACGUUGGGGUGAACAUCUAUGUUGAUGCAGUCAUCAACCACAUGUGUGGAGCAGGUGGUGGAGCCGGUACCCACUCAAGUUGUGGUUCAUAUUUCGAUGCCAACAGGAAGGACUUCCCCACAGUUCCUUACUCUAACUUGGACUUCAAUGACGGCAAAUGCAACACUGGCAGUGGAAACAUUGAGAACUACCAUGAUAUCAAUCAAGUGAGAAAUUGUCGUCUGGUUGGUCUUCUGGACUUGGCUUUGGAGAAGGACUAUGUGCGUGGUAAGGUGGCUGACUUCAUGAACAAGCUGAUUGACAUGGGAGUGGCUGGGUUCAGAGUGGACGCCUGCAAACACAUGUGGCCCGGUGAUCUUUCUGCUGUCUAUGGCCGUCUUAAUAAUCUGAACACAAAGUGGUUUCCAUCUGGUGCCAGACCUUUUAUCUUCCAAGAGGUUAUUGAUCUCGGUGGGGAGCCCAUUACAUCAGGCCAAUACACUGGAAUUGGAAGGGUGACUGAGUUCAAGUAUGGUGCCAAGCUGGGCAAUGUCAUCCGCAAAUGGAAUGGAGAAAAACUUUCCUUUGUCAAGAACUGGGGUGAAGGCUGGGGCUUCAUGUCUUCUGAUAAAGCUCUGGUGUUUGUUGACAACCACGAUAACCAGAGAGGACAUGGUGCAGGAGGUGCAUCUAUUGUGACAUUCUGGGAUGCCAGGCUUUACAAAAUGGCUGUAGCCUUUAUGCUGGCCCACCCGUAUGGAUUUACCAGAGUAAUGUCCAGCUACCGGUGGGACCGCAACAUCGUGAAUGGACAGGAUCAAAAUGACUGGCAGGGACCCCCCAGCAAUGGUGAUGGAUCCACUAAACCUGUUCCCAUCAACCCUGACUCUACCUGUGGUGAUGGCUGGGUUUGUGAACACAGAUGGCGUCAGAUCAAAAACAUGGUGGACUUCCGUAAUGUUGUAAAUGGACAGGCAUUCUCUAACUGGUGGGACAAUGGAAGCAACCAGAUCUCUUUCAGCCGUGGAAAUAAAGGGUUCCUUGUCAUUAACAACGAUGACUGGGAGCUGAACGAGACCCUAAACACUGGUCUACCAGGAGGCACCUACUGUGAUGUGAUCUCUGGUCAGAAGGAAAGUGGCAGAUGUACUGGGAAAGAGGUGGUAGUUGGAGGAGAUGGACGUGCUACCUUCAGAAUUAGCAACCAGGAAGAAGACCCAUUUAUGGCCAUUCACUCUGACUCCAAACUUUAAAUUAUGUUUUUUAAAUAAACAAAGAGCAUAAAAGUUA